AAAAGGUCUCUUUUACCAACUAAGAAAUCAAUAAUACACCAGCCAGAAGCCUUUUCCAAACACAAAAAAGCUAAAUAAAUAUUCAAACCAAAGUGCAUAAACCCCCAUUCCCCACACCUUAAACACCUUCACAAAGCAAACAGCUGCAUCAUGAGUGAAGCUUCUACGCGCUUUUUUUAGCGACUGAAAAUCCUAACAAGAAUUGACAAUAAACCAACCCUCUGACGCCACAAUCUACCACACUCAGCCACUACAAACUGCAUGUGGGUCUACACUUUAAAUACUUUAACCACACUUAACUCUCACCCCUCUCUUUCUAAUUACGUCUUCACCUCACACAUUCUCACACAUUCUAACAUCGCAAUCUCCUUCAUCCUUAUUUCUCUCUGUAGAAAAACAACACCACACCACCAAUCUAUCAAAUAUUUCUCUCUUUCUCUUUCGUGCAUAUUCACAAACACAUGGCGCUCACCACCUAGUUCAACCUCAAACCCACCCAAACCCACGUACUCACCGAGAAAAAGCCACGACCCAUUUCACCAAACUCAAUCUCCUCCAACCCCGUCAAACCAAAAUCUGAACUUUCCAUGGCCCUCGAAACCUGGCUCAUCAAGGUCAAAACGGCGCUGUCGCACAGCCUCACGAAGAAACCGUCGUUUUCCUCGUCGAAGCCAAAGCACGUCGCCGUUUUGUCCUUCGAGAUCGCGAACGUGAUGUCGAAGCUCCUCCACCUCUGGCAGUCCCUCUCCGACGCCAACGUCGUUCGCCUCCGAAACGACGCCGUCGCGCUCGAAGGCGUGCGCAAGCUUAUCUCAAACAACGAGUCUUUUCUUCUGAGCCUCGCCGUGGCCGAGUUCGCCGACUCGCUCAGACUCGUCGCCAACUCGGUCUCCCGACUCAGCAACUACUGUCACGACCCUUCUCUCCGAUCCUUCCACCGAAUCUUCACCGAGUUCGCCAACUCGGGCCUCGACCCGCGCGCGUGGACCCUCACCACUCCCAAAGACAUCGAAGCCAAACACAGAAAACUGCAACAUUACGUGACUCUCACGGCAACACUCCACAAAGAAAUCGACGCUCUCACGCUCCUCGAAAGCGCGUUUAGAAAAGCGCUUCUCAGCGCUGACAACGCCGCCACCGAACACUCCUCUCACAAAAAACUAAGCGAUCUUCAGCAGAAGAUUUUCUGGCAGAAGCAAGAGGUGAAGAACUUGAAGGAACGUUCGUUAUGGAACAAAAACUUCGACGGGGUUGUUUUGUUGUUAGCAAGGUUCGUUUUCACCGUGUUAGCGCGGAUUAAAGUUGUCUUCGGAAUCGGCCAUAGUAGUAGCGUUCCCUUUUUGUCACGUAGUUUGUCUUCCGUUUAUCCCUCCGAUCACCAAAACCCUAUUUCUUCCUCAUGCUCCUUUGUAUCUGGGCCGUUGAAAAGCUCAAAACUUGACGACGAAAAUGAAAAUUUGGGAAAUGGGUUUUUCGAGUCUAAUUGCAAGGUGUUGAAGUUGAAGGGUGAUGGUGAGAGUGAUACUUUGGGUGCUUCAGCUUUGGCCUUGCACUAUGCAAACUUGGUGAUGGUGUUGGAGAAGAUGAUAAAGUCACCCCAGUUGGUUGGGGUGGAUGCUAGAGAUGAUUUGUAUGGGAUGUUACCAAGUAGCAUAAGGUCAUCUUUGAGGGCAAGAUUGAGAAGGGUGGGGUUUUCUGCAUGUGAUGAUCACGUGCUCGCCGGAGAAUGGAGGGAUGCAUUGGGGAGGAUUCUGGGGUGGCUGGCACCAUUGGCACAUAACAUGAUAAAGUGGCACAGUGAAAGAAGCUAUGAGCAACAGAACUUGGUUCCAAAAACCAAUGUGUUGUUGUUGCAGACUUUGUUCUUUGCAAACAAAGAGAAGACAGAAGCUGCCAUCACUGAACUGCUUGUGGGGUUGAACUAUGUUUGGAGGUUUGAGAGGGAAAUGACAGCUAAGGCAUUGUUUGAAUGUACCAAAUUUAAUAAUGGCUUCUUAAGCUUGCACAAGCCAAGCUAAGGAGACAAAUCAGUUUCUUCUUUCUUCUUUUCUUUUCUUUUCUUUUCUUUCACUCUUUUACUCUUUUACUCUUCCUUUUCAUGAUCAAGGUUUUAAAAGAUUUCUCACAGCAUCAAAAGAUCAUGAUGAAACUGUAAUUUAAAACCUUGAUCAUGAACUUUCUCAUGAGGGUUCUAAUUUUGCCUCUAUGAAUGGUUGAUUUUAGGUAGUUAAUUGUGGUAAGUUCAGAUCCUUGAGGUUUGGUAAUUUGUUUCUAACCCGGGUCUGUAUAUGUAUAUAAAUGAUUUAUUAAUUUUGAGUGAAAUCUCCCAGAAA